UCGCGAUUGUACCUUUCCGCCUCCGGGAAGUUUCAGGGUAACGAUGUUCACCGUUACUGCAAGGAAGACGAGACAGAGCAGCGGCGCGGUGGGAAACGGUUCGGAGGGGUGUGAGGGCACCAGCCCUUUGGAUUGCACCUCGCGGACGUCGAUGACGAUGGCCGUGACAACGUCUGCGCUACCGAUGCAACCGAUCUACGUUUCCGCGGGAUCGUGCUCCGCCGCCGAUGUCCCAACGAAUCUGCAACACCGGCGACUAUGGCAACUGCAGCAGGAACCGCAAGAAUUAUCCCUGACGCGGCCGACGGACACGGCCGCGUCCUCGUCGUCCAUCCUCGAUGAGCCUGUCAGAACUCCGCUCUCCACGAACGUUCUCCUGUCCUUGCCAGCUUCGCCGAAACGAACGUCGGCAAGCUACUCUUCGUCCAGUAAGACGCCCGCCAUAUCGAAAUCGCAGAUGAAAGAAUUCAGGGAGGCCUUCAGAUUGUUUGACAAAGACGGCGAUGGAACUAUCACGAAAGAAGAACUCGGCAGGGUUAUGCGUUCCUUGGGACAAUUUGCAAGAGCGGAGGAGCUGAGAACGAUGCUGCAGGAAAUCGACAUUGACGGUGAUGGAAACGUCAGCUUCGAGGAAUUCGUCGAGAUUGUCAGCAAUAUCGGCGGUGCGAGCACGACGGCGUCUACAGAUCAGCAUCAGGAAGAGCAGGAAUUGCGAGACGCUUUUCGGGUGUUCGACAAACAUAAUCGUGGGUAUAUCACCGCGUCGGAUCUUAGAGCGGUGUUGCAGUGUCUAGGAGAGGAUCUUUCCGAGGAGGAGAUUGAAGAUAUGAUUAAGGAAGUGGACGUAGACGGGGACGGCCGAAUUGAUUUCUACGAAUUCGUUCACGCUCUCGGCGAGCCGGGAAUCGACGAAGACGAAGAAGAUGACGACGAGGAUCUGCAAUCUCCGCUCUUCUAAGAUCACGUUUAUUCUCACCUCUCUGUUAGAUAAG